AUGCUGAGCGUGGUGAUGUGGGCACCGACCGAGCUGUGUUCCAGCUUGUUCGUCUCUAUUCUGUACCUCAGGGCGACCUACAAAGGUAUGGACAAGGGUGCUCCGGACGACUACGACGCAGAUGCUGAUGAUGAUCCUGCGGCCGAGGAGACAAGAGCAGAAAAGGAGGAGGUCCUCAACGAGACCCUCGGCAAAGCAAAGCAGGUUCUUGACGUGAUGAAGCGAGUGGACAUUGAAACAGAUGCUUCGAAGGCUCAACUGGUGGAAAUUGGUGCCAAGGCCAUUGACUUCAAAGCUCGCUUCCGUUUUAGAAAUGCAGCCGCUGCGGCAAAUACUGCCCAAGAGAUCGCCUCCCAUCCAGGCGAAGUCAAUCAGCUGCUGAGCAAGCUCUCAGAGGACGCACAAGAAUUGCAAGAUUUGAUGAACUUUACCAAAGUCGGGAAGCCUUUCCGUUUCCGCCAGCACCUCAUCAAGUUGGCAGGGGAUGCAGAACGGGCGAGCCAGCUGAUGGGCGUGAAGCUUGAUAAGUUAGCAGAAGCUCUGAGGAUGAUGAAACAUGCCGGGGGUGAGUACGUGGAUUUGACGGAUGGGGAGGGCGAGGUAGAAGCGCCAACUCCAGCACCAGAAGAUGCUGUACAGCAAGGAGGCCAGCAGCACCAGAUGGAUGAAUACGGCGGGCAAGAACAGCUCGGUAUGGUUGGCCCUCAAGCUGGAGCACUGCAUGGAAUGCCUGGCGAUGUGUCAAACCCGGAUAUGGCUCAGAAUGCUCAGCAAAUGGUAUUAGAAGAGAAGAUGCAAGCUGCAGAGGAAGCAGCUAUGUCAGGAGUGACGGCCACGAAGGAAGAUGAACAGGCUAGUGCAGAAGAAAUGGAAUCUGCCAUGGAAGAUGCCACCUGGUCCGUCGAUGUGCUCCCACAGCCGCAGCCGAGUGAUGUUGAACCGCAGGAGCCUGCGCCAGCCGGGGUUCCUCCACUUCCUGUUUCAGAAACCUCCAGUGGCUGUGCAUGCGAUGCGACUGCCAAAUGUGCCCUUCAGGGACAGCCAUUCACAUGGUGCCGCAUUGGGGCAGAGGAGGAGCCGACCUGCAGCAAGUUGGAGGCUGCGCAAGACCCAACUGGGCGCAACCAUGCGCUGGGCGUGCAGGGUCGAAUGUGGGACUACUGUGUACCUCCUGCUUCAGAAGCCGCAGGUCAUGAAGCAGAUGCUAAUCAGCAACAAGUGCAACAGCCGGAGAAGGAGCAGACUACACACGUGGGCUGCGAAUGUGCCCCGCGGCCAGACGUUCUCGAGAAGUACAUGGAAGAUCCACUCUUUCACAACAUGGAGACCGGUGAUAUCGACCUUGAAAAGGUGCCGUUCAAAGACCGGAUCACAGUGGAAGCGAUGCAGAAGUAUCUUCAGGAAGGGGGUGACCUGUGCCAGCAGACGCCCAGCAGCGGCCAGUUUUUGGCCUGUCCUGCAGCCAAAGAUUGUGCAGGGAGCAAUGUAGCAGGCCCAGGUGGUGCUCUACCAAGUGGCUGGUUCUCAGGUGUCAGUGGAAAGAGCUGGGACUUCUGCGCUCCGGCACGCUCCGUCGCCUAA